AUUAGACAGGGGGCGAGCGAGGCAGCAGCAGCAGCAGCAGUGUGAGGAGAAACCAGAGCUGCAGGAACAGCCCAUGUCUGCCGCCGCCGCCGCAGCCUGACAGUCCAGGAUCAGGGUUUAGUGCGGGUUUGAGCUCCUGAGGCGAACAGGAGGAUCCUCUUCUGAAGGAAACACUCUGACUUUGUCUCCAGGAGCAUCUUCAUGGAUCUACAGCGGCUGCCCCAGCUGUCAGCUCACAGAGCUCAGAGUUUCUGGAGUUUCUGAAGAGAGCGGACAGAAAACCGUCGGUGGUUUUAAGAGGAUUUCAAGAGGGUCAAGUUUGAAGUAUCUCUGGAGACAACCUGAGGACCUACAGAUCUUCUCUCUCCUAGUUUUGAUGGCAGAGCUAGAGAGGAUUUGUGAGUUGAACUUUGCAGAAAAAUCAGCUUCUGUAUUUUGAGGAUUUCUGCAGCUUCUGUGGAGAGACAAUCCUGCAGAGGAAAACCAGAGGACCAGAUCCAAAGAUUUCUGAGUCCUGAUUAAGGAAGAAGAUCUGAUCAACAUCUCUGACGUCAGGAUUUUUAAACAGUAAGAUACACAAACAGGUUUGUGCUGGAUAACAAACUCUGUCUUUAUUCAUCCAUAAAACAAUGAAGGGAGAGACGUCCCUCAGAAGAAGAGCGGGUCCAUUUCAGGGUCUGAAGUCCUGCUGUAACCCUCCUCUGAAGGUUUAGUUCAGAAACCUCCAGGAACCACGAUCUUCAGCCGGCUCUGGAGCGACGUGCCCGGUUUUCUAUGAGCACAGAGACGUGUCCCUGACUUGGUCCAUGACCGUCACACUUCCAUUAUCAUGUCUUUGAGAUAAAGACACCUGGAACUCAGGACGGCCUUCAGGUGAAUCAAGAACUUUGAAUAAAUGCUGACAAAGAGAAACCAGAUGACUGCGGCCCCGUCCUUCAGGAUUUACGCCUCAGAUCCACAUGUCUGCGUCUGUGAUUACUCCUCUAAAGGUAAAGAGCCCUCUCACUUAUUUAUAUAUACAUAUAUAUGUUUGUUUUUCCUCUCUCGGUAAGAUUCUUGUUCAUCCACAGCUCUUAUUAAAUUCAGACUGAUCAAAGAUAUUUGCUGAUUUUUAACCUUCGUCAGAAACAGACAUGACUGGAGCAGAGUCUGACAGGGAUUCAUGAAGACCACAGACGGAGCUGUCUGACUCUGAACUCCUCUGUGUGCCUCGCCUCGCUGACUCAUUUCUUUUCAAAGAUUCAGCAAACAUCUUCAUUUGAAGAACCUGACGCUGAGACACAGUCAAGGGUUCAGCAGGAGAGCAGGAAUAAUCCCAGGACUCAGAUCCUGCUGUGGUCCCACUUUGAGGAGCUGCAGACUCCAGCUUCACCUCGAGGACUCUGUGGGUGAGGGUAUCCUCUCCAUGGUCUCCUCAGCAGCAGGAGGUCUGCAGGAGGACUCAUGUCAGAGUUUACGUCUAUUAGCUGAAGCGUAAUUCAGAUUUAUCCUCCUGUUCAGGUUUAUUUUGUCAGCGGAUGAAAUCCUGAUGAAUUCUGGGAAACUGCCGUCGUCUAUCAGGUAAAUUCAUCUGAUGAAAAGUAAAACUCAGUCGGACUCACAGAGAAGUUGUUGAACUCAUCUUAAACGAUGAGUUACAGCCACUGCAGAGUGAACUGUUUUUACAAAACCAGGAGGUUCGAUUCUCUGAGCCGUGAGAUUCAAGAGGGAUCUAGAAAACAGGACGUAGAAGUUUCACCGUCUAAAUGAAACGAGGAGGAAACUGAACUUUUCCUGGACUUGAGCGGCACCUGUGUCCGUUCAGGUUAUCCUCAUCAGUUUGAUCAAUUUGAUCGGUUUGAUCAGUUUGAAUCAGUCGGAUUCGUUUCCAAACAGCUGUCCACACAGAGGGCUGAAUGUAAACAAAGGCAGCAGGAUGCCCAGAGGUGCUUCAUUAUCAUUCAAAUGAACAUGUUCAGUAAACAAAGUGUGUGUGUGUGUGUGUGUGUGUGUGUGUGUGUGUGUGUGUGUGUGUGUGUGUCUGUGUGUGUGUGUGUGUGUGUGUGUGUCUCUUCUUUUUUCAGACUCAGACUUUCUUCUGUUGGACGAUUUCCAAGUUUGUUUUUCACACGAAAACUUCAGACGCCAUGAGGAGGUGAUGCAAGGACAACCUCGCAGGGCAGUGAGCGUCUGCUGCUGGUGUGUGUGUAUGUGUGAGUAACAGUGUGUGUGUGAGUGUGUGUGUGUGUCCAGAUGCCACACCACAGACUCCCACAUCACACAGCUCGGUGGUCACUCGGCUGCUUCCAAGUUAUUUCCUGUUGCUCAACAUUUAGAGACCCGCUGGGAGGAAAAUAAAUCAGCUCGACGGAAAUGAAAAGACUAAACCUCACCAAGAACCGACCACAUCCUGAAUCAUCCUGAAGGAGGCGCUGCAGAGCCGAGCGUGAGGCCGGACCAGUGGACUCGGUCUCAUUGUGGAUCUGAUUAGAGGAUUACAGGCUGCUCUCUUCUCCUGCUGGUUUCCUGACUGUUUGUGGUUUUUCUGUCUGGAUGUUCUGGAUGUUUUCACGGUUGGAUGUUGGAUUACAGCGAUGACUCCUGGUUUCUUCCCAAAUAACAUCAGAGAUUUCACGGGGGGGAGAUGUCCAGGGCGACGGCGGGUUGGUUUCUGAACGGUCUCACUCGAUACGCCGACGAUGGACCUCUUUAUAUUUUUAAAACACACGUACCUCUGCAGAGAAACGGUCCAAUCCAAAUCUAACCGGAAAUAACUUCUGAUUCUAACAUCUACGAUCACAAAUGAGACACUUCCUCAGAGCUGACUGUCUCUGUUUUUACACCAAACUUUGGAGAUCCAAGUCUCUGCCGCUCAAGUCUUGAGAGGGACCAGUUUUCAUCUGAGGAGUCUCCACCAUGCUCCCUGGAGGUCUGAUCUCGGGCGGAGGGGGUCGCGGCGGCGGGCUGUGCCUGCUCCGGUGGCUGGGUCUCAGGUUGUGGUCCCGACGGGGGACCCUGGUGUUCGCUCUGCUCUGGUUUGGAUCCUGGUUGUUCCUGAAUGGCCUGGUUCUGGUCCACAGGAGCAUCCUGUCCGACUACUGCACCGACGACAAGAGUAAGAGGAUCCUGCAGAGACUGGUGAGUCCAGAAUCUUCAUUUAUGGUACGGGUUUUAGAUCGGCUCGUGUGAGGGUGGAGGAAAGGAGGAGACUGAUGAAGACUUGGGGAUAAAUUCAAACCGGUUCUGGUUCUGUUGACAAGAACUGGACCAGACUUCAAUUUCAGGUCUGGCUCUUUUAGCAUAGUCUUGAUAGUGGACCUGGACUUGUGAAGUCCUGACUUAUUACUUGAUUUGAUUUUAACGGUGAGAUCCUCGGUUUUAGAAGACCAGGUUUGGUCCUCAGCUCCUGUUUGUCUAUAACAGAGUCAUCACUGCUGUCUGUGAGUCAGCUGUUUUUUACUGAUGAGGUUCAUUUGAACGAGACGGAGCAGAUUUGACCUCAAACAACAUGGAGGUUCAAUAAACACGCCGUUUGCUCUGCUGCAUGAACAGUUCGUGGAUGAGACUCCGUGUUUUUAAUCUGCAGGAUCCUCGGUCCUCUAAUGAAUCAGAUCAGGACUGUCAGGGUUCGAGGAGUCCGUUGUUAUGAGUACGAGGGACGAGGCAGACAAUAAGAAGAUGGUCUUAGUCCUCAGCUGAUCUCCUCUGGAAACAGUUUCCUGAAGAGUUCACCGUCUCUGGUCUCAUUUACUACAUUUUAGUUCCAUGUCAUGAACCAGAGUCAAACAAAAGAGGAAGGACCUAAAAUACAGACAAAUAAAAAGGAUUUAUUAAAAAGAACGAAACGAAAAAACAACAAAAACUAACUUUAAAAUGUCCAACUGAAAAAUCAAAAUAAAGACACAGAGGGAAAAAUCACAAAGAACAACUGGAGACACAAACAAACGCACACACAUGGACACACAACAUGAACCAAGCAGAACAGAGGGGAAGACAGGGACGAUAUACACACUCAGGUAAACGAGACACAGGUGAGACUCAAGAGAGAUUAACAAAGGAGGGAAAACUAAGGAAGUGAAACCAGACUAGAAACACAAGGAAUCAACUCCUACAAAAUAAAACAGGAAAUAAAACUGAUCGAAAGAAUAAAACUCAGAGAACAGGAGGGAAACAGAGUCAAAGACAAAGACUGGACUACAGGGAAAAUACACUCAAAUAACAAACUCAGGAGAAAACUGAAUCAACAGAACAUAUGAAGACAGUUCCAUAUAUUUAUAAAUCUAUAGACCACACGUUUGAGAUCCACUUCCUGCUCUGUAGAUAUCUGUAAAACUCCACCUGAGCUUGUCUCUCAGGGAAGCUCAUCCCUGAUCCAUCUCUUCCUCUUCUUGAACAUACGAUGAUGUAAAGACGACUCUUCCCCGGGAAGAAUCAAGUCCGUCCUCGCUGAUUUUCAGACAAAUAACAUCAGAAAUCAAUCUGAACACUGAUGAUCUGAAAACUGUCAGCAGGAAUGUGAGCGGCAGUUAGAGGACAGUGUCUUCAUGGAGCUGUAGUCCUGCUGGUCUGUCUGACAGACGGACUAUUUACACUCCUGUGAAUCCUGCUGUUCAACAAUCAGACAGCAAACAGUCAGUCAGAUUACAGCCCUAAUGAUCUGCUGUCUUAUCCCCAAUUUCCACUUCAUCCGGAGUUACGAAAAGGUCGUAUCCUCCGAUCGUAGCUGAUCGUAACCAUUCAAGUUAACGUGUCAAUUUACACCGACUUCUUUCCGUUCCUCUGAGGAUCGCCGGACUCCUCAGCUGAUCACAAGAGUUCUAUUUUUUCUGGACGCCGGAGCAUGGCGGAUAAAUUCAGCACAGAUUAACCCGUGCUGGAAAGGAAGUCGGGCACAGACACAAAAUAAAACAUCCGGCUUCUUUUCAAAAUAAAACAGAAGUCUAGAAGUCUAGAAGUAGAUUUCCUCCUCUGGAAGGACACAAUCUACUGCUUAUAUGUCUAUGUGUCUGUCUUUAGAGAGACGACUCGUUAUCGAGUGAUUGAACGUGAAUCUGAGGGUUCUUGUGAGUUCUCAUGAUUACCGCUGUCUGUAAUCCGCCAUGAAAUUCACCUCACCAAUCCAGUAGGAAUCCGGAUCCGGUAGGAAUUGGCGGAUGGCAAAAAACGCUUCCACAUCAGAGCCAUUCUGGAUGUGGUGGAAAAUGGUGGUUAUCCUCUGCAGCAUCUCCUGACGCUCUGUGAGCAUAAAUGGAUCACAUGAGGCUCCUUCUUUCCUCUGAACCUCCACAUAGUGAAGACGAGCGAGGAGGAGGAGGAGGAGGAGGAGGAGGAGGAGGAAGAGGAGGAGGACUCUGUGGUCGUCUUUAGUUUCUUCUCUCUGUUUUCUUUCACUUCUUCAUCUCCUCCUCACUCCUUCUGCUCUGAAAUCAGAGGAUGUGGGGCGGUGAUGAGAGCCUGUUGAAUUUUCCUCUAAAUCAGCUCAUAUUAAAUUCUGUGGAUGACAGUAAACCCACCAAGUGUUGUUGGUUCUGGUUCUGAUCGUCCCCUCAGGAGAUGUUCACAAACAGCUGCUGCAGUGCGCUCUUCUCAGCAGCCAGACUCUCAUUAACCGAACCAGCCAGAGGAUCUGAUGGUCCACUGCUGCUGCUGCAGAGAGUCAGAGUUCUGGUCCGUCAGAUCCAUGCUGAUCUGGAUCCUAAAGUCAUGAAACCAACAAUCUCAUGGACUGAAGCAGAAGGAGAUGAACCAGGGCCAGGGAAAGGACUGGAGUCUGGGGUCUGGGGUCUGGGGUCCACGACAUCAUACAGGGUAUGAAGACGCUAACAGUUGGGGAGGGUCCGAGCUCUGAAACCUCAGUGAUGGAGCUGUUCCAGGAACCCUCAGCUCCGUGUAGACCACAGAAGACCUAAAAACUCAGAUCAGCCCGCUGAUGUGGUGAAAUUAAGAGGCUGUUGUUUUUAAAGGGGCCAGCUCAGUCAAACCCACACACACACACACACACACACACACACACACACACACACACACACACACACACACACACACUAAAACCUCAUCCAGAACCAGAGGAGAACUGAUGAAAUCCCAAACACACACAGAGAUCCAACAAAAACAAACAGAGCAUGUUUGCUGAGCUAACGCUGGACUUCAGCUCCAUCCAUCAUCCUGGAGGUUCAGAGGAGGACUCCAGGAACAUGAGGACUGAGACCUACAGGAGGUUCAUGUUUCCAGAAGCUCAUUUGGCUCCGGAGACGUCAGUAACUGCUGCAAGAAGAGGAAGAAGAAGAAGAAAAUGAUGGUAAUCCUGCUGUCUCUGCUGACGCUCAGUCCAUCACUGCACACCUGCGGGUUCAGACUUGUCUUGGCGGUUCCAGGUGUUGUAGUGACCUGGACUAAACCCGAUCCCCUCCUUCCUCUGGGCCUUUUUCAGACAGAUGUGAACAGGAUACUGGCCUCAUGGUGCAGAUGUGGGGUAGGGGGUAGAUUAGGUGGUUUCUUUUUGUUUUAGUUGCAGAGAUUUGAGGUCAAAAGUCCCAGAAUCCUUGAGUGACUCCGAACCAGAACACUUCACUCAGUUCUGACUCCCAGGGGAGAGUUCCUGAGGGGGAAGUGUCUGAUGGGCGUCACAGAGGAGGAUUACUUUGGUUUGAAGCCGUGCAGUCGAGCUUGGACGGACUGUUGAUCUUUGUGAUCACAGAUUCAUGCUGAAAGUUCGCUUUAAUCAGAGAAUCAUAAACGCCGAGUCUGUCAGAUAGAAACAGGCGAGAAGACGGUGGAGACUCAGGGUGGAGGUUUACGAGUCCUCUGUGUGAGCAGGACUGUGAUGACGUGGGACGGGGAUAAAAAUACACUCCUGGGAAACUCUGGUUGGAGCUCAUUCAUCGCACAUUCAAGUGAUCUGCUCUGAGCUCGGACGUUAGCGCUCAGCCUUCACUGUCGGGUUAGUCUGAGUGAGAGCUGACGGAGAAAUGUUCAUUACCUCCAUCACAGACGCAGUUUUCUCUCUCUCUCUGCCUGAGGAAAGAGCUGAAACUGGAGCAGGAUCUCCUCUGAAUAUUUACAUGAGAGGAGAUGGAGGAGAAUCAAAGAUCAAACGUCGUCAUCAUGUAAAAUUCUCUGUCAUGUCUGAAUGUUUUCUUCAUUCUCACAGAAAGAUUUUUAUCAUCAAAAGAAGUACAUCGGAAUUAUUUUGCUUCAUUUUCAGCAGAUGGUUUUUUGGGGGGGGGGUUAAUAAAGCUAAUGUACUGAAACUCAAGAUGGUCAACAAACAAACAAACAAACAAACAAACAAACAAACAAACAAACAAACAAACAAACAAACAAACUAGAAACUUGAUCAGGAAUCGUUAAAAUAACUCUGUACCAGACUGUAAACAUGUUGAUCUCUGCUGUACAGAGUUAACAUGAGGCUCUAUGGAGACGGACUCUCUGCAGGACAGACUCUAGUGGACACUGGAGGAACUGCAGUCUUUUCACUCCAUGUUGGCUAACACACUCAUCCAGCCUGACCUCAGAAAAUGCUGAAAUAUCCCUUUAACUGUCCGUCAGCUGCAGACCCUUGGUUCCCUGGACUCUCUCGUCUCAGUCACAGCAGAAAUCUGCAUGUUUCUGUAGAUCCUCUGACUAUUUAUGGUCUCCCGGCUGAUCUGGUUCUCGGUCUGACCCUGUCCCUGCAUGUCUCUGGCAUUCCUCCGCCUAUUUAUGGCUCCACGCUUCAUUCUUUAUGGCCCACCUCUGUUUCUGAAUGCAGCUGGGUUUGUUCCUUCACAGGGUAACCCGCCUCUGUAUUUCCUCGAUCACAGUCUGUUUGUUCUGUGGUACAUCUAUGAAACGCUGCAAGUGAGAAUAAGUGAUCAGCUGUCCUGGUGUCUUCAGACGUGACACUCUCGGCUUCAGGACGAGCUCCGUUUUCUGACUUAUUAUGUACAAUAAUCAUUUUAAAAGGCAUGAAAUAACAAACUACUGUCCAUAAUAAUCUCUAAUAAACACGACAGUCACUCCAAAGACAAAACAAAGAAAGUACAGCUAUUAACCUGUUUUCAGGAGUCAUGGUGUUUAGAAACCAUUUCAGGUUAAAUAUUCUUGACCUUUCACAGACAUCAUUACAUCUGUAAGAGCUGUCAGAGGUCUGUGGAGGUCCUGACACCAAAAACAAACACGCUGACAUCUUAACGUGACGGCUGUGAGGCGUCUUGACCCCGUGAGCUCGUCUUCGUGUCGCCUGCGGCAGGAGGACUUCACUCUGUGUCUGAAACAUGUGGUUAAGAUACCAGAAGUGACGGGGUGUAACACCGCCGACAGCCAAAACAAGAAGUCUCCUGUGAUGGUUUUUUCAGCGCUCGAGUCAAAGUUUACACAGUUUACACACUUCGACACAUUCAGACGUUCAGGGGCCGCUGAAAACCUGCUGUCAGACUCUUUAAAGAGCUGCAGGGAGGAGACGAAUGAAGUCUAACGGGCUGUCAGCGAGAAAACCUCCUCCGGGUUAUCGUCUAUGAGAGAGAGAGAACUGUUUUUUUAUCUUAGUGACGACCAACAUGAAGUCUGAGGACAGACUGGAGUUCAUGUUUAGUCUCUAUUCAGUAACUGUUAUUGUUCUGUGUGUGUGUGUGUGUGUGUGUCUGCGUUUGUGUGUGUGUCUAAGCUUGUUGUGCAGAAGUACUUCAUUUUAUUUGGAGGAUAUUUUUGAGGAUGUGUUGUUGUCAGUUAAGUUAAAGAUGUUUUUACUUUUGUUCCCUUUUAGAUCAUCUUUACGGUCGUUGGAAGUAAAAGAGAAACAACUGUGUGUGUCUGCGUUUGUGUGUGUGUGUGUGUGUGUGUGUGUGUGUGUGUGUGUGUGUGUGUGUGUGUGUGUGUGUGUGUGUGUUUGUGUCUGUGUUUGUGUGUGUGUGUGUGUGUGUGUGUGUGUGUGUGUGUCUGCGUUUGUGUGUGUCGUCUUGUCUUUCUAUCUCUGUGAGAGCCGUUCCUCGUGCUGGUCUUGUGGUUUCAGAGAAAGGAUUUGGCGCAGCGGGCAGAUAUGUGAUCUGACUGUUGAGGAGGUUUUUUCUUUUUCUGAAUAAAGAGUUUGUUUUUGGUGAUUGAUGAGGAGAAACAGAAAAGGGAAAGAUCUGCCAACGUUGGGUCUCCCUCUCACAUCGUUCUUUUUGGUUUGGCGGACUCGUCCUGACUCUGGAUUAAUGAUAACUUUCUGUUUGGAUCAUAUUUUUGUGAACUUGCUCCAGCUGUCUUCGGUUUAAAUGACUUUUCUCUUGUAUCUUUCAUCAGCUUGAUUGCAUCAUUACUCGUAGUCCGGACCUUCAAUCGGUUUUUAAUGGGUUUGGUUUCUUCCAGGCAGCCGCUUGUUCCCCCUCUGAUUUAUGGAUGUAUGCUCAUAUCUGGAUUACAGUGAAAAUGAGGGCCACUGAGUUUUUCCAGGACAUCCAGGGUUUAUAAAAUCAAGAGCAGACAGUUUGGACCCGGUACUGUAGUGGGGGCAUGUUUUUCCAAUGUCAGGCUGGUGACUAAGAGCUUUAGCACUGGACUGAAAAAAACUCUUACGUGGUUCAACUUCAGAAAAGGUCCCGUGUGCUCGGUCUGGUUUUAGCACCAAAACUCUCUAAACUUUAGAUUUCCCAUGAUCCAGGUCAGAAGUAGUAUGCUUGGUGUGUUAAGAUACCAGUUUCAGGUUCUUAAGGAGUUUUUAAGGAGUAAAUUAUAAUCCUGCAGAAUAAGGAGGCAAAUAUUCACAAAAGAAGUAGGACUGUUCGAUUUCCUUUUUAGACUCUCCAAACUAUCUCAGAAAUAGUUUAGACUUUGUAUCCAGUUAGGACUGCUGCUUUAAACUGGACAGUUGAUGCUGAUUUAGUUUAGACCGAUCUUUCAUCAACUGUCUUAAUUUAACUUAACAGGCUGUUCCUAGUUUGGUUUUAUUCUCUUCCCUGAGUUAACUCUUCUUUUUCUUUCACAGAUGAAGAAUCAGAACCACAGUUAUCAAAGAUUAUAUCCCAAACAAAGUGAAACAUAAUAUAUCACACACAAUAUGAAUCAUAAACUUGACAAUUAUUAAAGGCAGAACACAGUGAAAAACGUGACCCGAUCAACUCAGAUCAAACUCAGUUCUAGUUCAGUGGUUUGAAGAUUAAGUUCAGUUCAGCUCUAAAUCCAGUCCUGUUUCCAGUUUAGCUCUAAUAAAGUAUCAGACACUCUUACCGCUCUGAAACCACGAACGAGCGCCGGUGGAACACCAUCUAACGUUGAGUCGCCAUCUUGUCUCCAUCUUGUGGCUAUCUUCUCACAAACGCAGCAAAGUCCAACUCCGAACAAGUUCACAUUAACAACACAAAGAAACCCGACCUGUAUGACAAAAGAAAAUAAAUAACUCUGUAGAAAUAAAUAAAGUCUAUAAAGCCUUAUAUUCUGUGUGUUUAGCUUCAUCGCUGCUGUGCGGCUCUUAGCUUCGCGCCCACGUUCAUUCAUUCACAUCUGAGUAUCAAAGACUAAAUAAAUCACCAGCUAGAAGAAGUUAAAACUCACCAAAACAACCGAGGUUCUCAAAAAGAAGUCUCCAUGAAUCUCCGAUCAGGUAAACUCUGUUUAGAAGUUUAAAUGAUUCCGUUUUCACAGAUUUAAUCCUCUUCUCCUCCGUCUUCUUCACUUCUCUCAGAGAAGUCCAUCACGUCUCUUAAAGGGGAAAUGCCACAACUAUUUUCUGUAGGCAGACUCUUAAAUGUUCUCAUUAAAGGGCUAUCAAAACGUUUUUACUGACUCCUGAUGAAGGAAAUAAAGACAUUAUAACGAUUUUAAUCAUAUUUAUCAUUUAAAUCACCUGUUGGUUUAUUUUACUGGCAGCCAUAUUUGUUUUUAUCAUGUUUUUAAUUCGGGUCACAAUGUCCUUAACUGACUCUGGGUUUCUCUCAGGAGUCCUUUAGGUGUCCCCCAGAUCAAAGUCCUCUUUAACCGUCCAUCGGUCCUGGUGGUUGUCCUAAAGUUUCGCUCUGAUAUGAAGUCGCGUUAAUAAACGUUCUUCGCGGUGUCUCUGGUGGAGAUGUUCCUCUCUGUCAUGAAGAAACUAAAAGGUUUUAUCGUAAACGUCGUUCCCCGGUUCACGUUUGUCUUGUUUCAGUGUUCUGGUACUUCCUGUUUUUCUCAUCUGUUGACUCGGUUGGGAGGAUGAUGGUGUUUCUCAUAGACAUAAAUGAUGUAGAUUCAUCGUAAACGCCUCUUUAUUGCAGUAAAACUCUGAGGAAAUAAAACAGAGACAGAAAAUCAUCAUUCAGGUCUUUCUGUGGAGAUUCAGACAGCACUGUCAGAGCUCAGAGCUGUAGAUCACCUGAACACAGAUCCAGGGUUUACCUGGAUUAAUCCUCCUGACGGCUCCAGUAUUUAUCUCACAGUCCGGCUCCGUUUAGCAGCUGCUGCAGAUUUCAACAUCUGCAGAAACUUCACUUCAGGGACCCGAGGAGAUAAAUCUGUCAGAGUCGGAGUCACUCAUUCAUCAGACGCCACCGCCGCUGGAGUAUCAACACUUUAUGACCGGACAGAGCUGCUCUGAACUCAGGUUCAGAACCGAGGUUUAGAACCCGGGUUCAGAACAACCUGCAGCACAUCGAUUUUCCUGUCUAUGCCUUCAGUUCAGAUUGAUGCGGCUGUUAAUCGUGCUGAUGAGAACAUGAACAGAGGAGACGUGAAACAGAUGCUGAGGGUGAUUAUUCUCACAGUCUCUCUCUCUGGUCUUACUGGUUCUUAUCAGAUGACGGUCAUUUUUACAUGAAGCAGGCCCCAGGAAUCAAAGGAAACGUUUAACUUUUAACGUUUAACUCUAAAUAUCUGAUUCUUGACGAUUCUUGGCCUCCUGACCCGGAUGGAUGAAAACCUAAACACACAUCUGAACUCCAGAUAGAAGCAGAUUUGGGAGGGACGGAACAGUUCUGUCUCUGCUCCUCUGCUGUCGUACCCAGACUUUAAAAAUAAACACAGACCGAUCCCCGGAGUCUGGAGGAAGUGUUUGUCCCUCCUUACUUCCUGCCCCGGCGGCUGUCACUCACCCUGACAAGCUGUCGAUGAGACAGAAAUGGAGGCGAACACCAUCUGUGAAACCUGCGCCGGAGCUGGAGCCGCAGAAACCUGGAAAAUCUGAAAAGAGGGAACAUGUGACCCGGAGAAAGACGACAGCGCCGACUUUGGGUUUAACGGCGCAGAGAGGCCGACCUCACAGGAAGUGGUGGGCGUUCUUCACUGCGUCUCACUUUAACACAGAUGUUUCAGAGAAUCAGAGCUGUGACGGCUCGGCUCCACUCCUGCUCGCUCGCUAAUUUCCUCCAAUAACACCAAAAAAAGAGCGUCUGACUCGACUGCCUGUCAAACUGCUGCUGUUUCCAGGCAACAACACGAGUCCAGACGUCGGACAUCUUUAUAAAUGUUCAACUCUUUCAGAGACAGACGGGUUUAUAACGCCGACCGUAGACACUUUACAUAACCACAGUUUCUCAGGUUCAUGUGUGUCUGUGAAGGAGGACGGCUCAGGCUGCAGACCUCCAUCUGGACUUCAUGGAGACAGAAACAUAUUUGUGACAAUAAACUAAAGUCCUGCACCGCCGUGAUGACCCGUCUCCACCGAAGCAUCACUCAGCUCCAGUCCUGCAUGGUGCCGCUUCUCCUGAAGCCUCUCCAGGAGUUUCCAUCUCAACCUCAGUGUCUCCAGUCUUGGGAGGGACAUCUAAGGCCCGAACUACACGAAUGCGGAUAUAUUUCAAACCGCACAUAUUUAUGUCCGAUUAGGCCUCCCUACCACACCAAACCGGGAGUUUGGAGCACUCAAACCGGAUAAAUCUGAAUCCGGAAAAACAAGCGGAGAAAUAAAAAAAUAUCCGUAUCCCGUAUCCGCAGUGGAUUCGUGUGGUCGGACUUUUACGGAUCGAUGACGUCAAACCGCAGCUCGCGCAUGCGAAUUAAAAAGAAAAACAACAACAACAACGAUGGCGGACAGACAGGGUAUUCUUUACGUUUGUUUUGCCCUUUUGGGGCUAAUUUCAGCCUUGCAAGUGAACCUUAUUUUUUACAACUACAUCCACCGGUCAGCAGCUCACAGAGGCGUCUGCUGCAGCCCAAUACUUUUUUGGGAGAGCAAUCGUAACGUUAACGUUAGGCGUUUUAAAGUUCGCCAGAAGCGUAAGUUUUGGGUCAAACCCGGUCGGACCAGCAAGUGGUGGGACAACUUCGUUAGAGGGGCUGUGCCUGCAGAUGAAUGGAAGCUAAACUUUCGUAUGUCAAAGCGGCACCACCACAGAUAGGAUUGAGUUUGAAGGCUACGUGUGGACGCAGAUAUUUUUUUGAACUAACACGUGUGGACAGGUACAUUUAUUUAGACGGGAGAACAAAAAUAUCCAGAUAAAUAAAUAUCCGCCUUCGUGUAGUUCGGGCCUGAGUGCUUCCGAGUGUCAUCUCCAGUCCAGUCCUGCACGACACCAUCUAUACCCAAGUGCUUCUGCAUGGUACCACCUCCUGUCUGAUCAUCUCUGAGGCCUCAUCUCAUCUAAAGCCGAGUUCUGCUUUCACAGUGUCCACCACAGAGGUCUCCAUGAAACGAGGGAUUUCACUUUGAUCGGAGAGUCUGAUGGUUUCAUUUACUGGAAAAUGAAAAGGUGAGCGGACCCUGAGCCUGUUACAGACUCUCAGCUUUUCCUUCUCCUCCACGAUCUUUUCCGACCACCAACUGGACCUGAAACUCAAAGAGAGAAAUCUGAUGGAAACGUUUGAAUGUCUGUGAAAGGAAAGAAAACUGAAGAACAAAUGUGAGUGAAGUGACAUGUGCAGAGAGGGAGAAGUUCAGAGCAGGAGACAUGAAAGCUUCUGCGGUCAAAUUAACUUUAAAAUUAGACCCUCCAUCCUAGAUCCUGAUCAGACGUCUCUGCUCUGAGCCCCGGAGCGCGAAGGAAACUUAUCAGCAGAAAACGUGUUUUUUGAUCAGAAACGAGUCGUUUCUGCAGCAGCCAGUAAAAAGAAAGAGAGGAAGUGGAGGUCAGAGAGGGACGGAGCGAGGAGAGGGGACAGAUAAAGACCAGAACCUCUGAGAGACGAGCAGAGGCGUCUGAGACCAGAGCUGAAUACCAACGAGGAGGAGGAGGAGGAGGAGGCCUGCAGGGUCACAACAAAGCCCAGAGACGCCGACACCACAACGCCGCUCUGACAUUCUGUCUGAAGUCGGCGCUGACCCGAAUCAGGCUGAAACGACGCCUCUGAGCUGUGUGUUCAAACCCGGUCCUGUCUCUGAACUUCACCACACAUUAGUCUGAAGACCCCCCCCCCCUCAUUAGAGCUGCUCUGGAUGAAAAACCAGAACUCAGUCUGGGUCUUUAAAAGGGUCUCUUUGUAGUUCUGUUGGUUCUGAUCGUAUAAGAGUCCAUCCUGUUUCCGAUCCAACUGAGACACUCGGAAAAACAUUUUGUUUCCCGCUUUAAUCACGACGUACUCAAACAUAGACGAGUGAAGAGGCUUCGAGACCACCUCCCACAGGGGUCACCCUCAGGACCAGAGACCCCAGACUGAGACUGACCCCUGUGAGAUCAUGGUGGGCAGACAGAAAAACCAGGACCCUCUCUUAGGCCAGAUGUGGUUCACUGUGACACACUAAAACCAGGACCAACAGGUCCCAAAAGUCUGCGUUUGAUGAACUGGGUCAUAAUGAAGUCCACGACCAACUGGUCCUGGUCUCGGCAUCAGGACUAAAGUUUGAGUCUGUCAGUGAACAAGAACCGUCACAGUCCUCACAGACUGAUUCAGAGAAGAGCUGAAGGAACGACGGCCGAUAAAAUCACCACCUGAGGCUUUAAAGGGGGAGGAGAAAGGAGCGCAGGAUGUUCAGCUGAGACCGCCGCCGUCAGCGCUGAGGAGACGAACUCACAGCAGUCAGUGACUACAGGUGUCAGGAUGGGACUGAGGUCCAGAAGAUCUGUGUGUCUGUGUGUGUUUGUGUUUGUUUUUGUGUGUGUGUGUUUGUGUGUGUUUGUGUUUGUGUGUUUGUUUGUGUGUGUGUGUGUGUGUGUGUGUGUGUGUGUGUGUUUGUUUGUGUUUGUGUGUUUGUGUGUUUUUGCAUGAGCCUCAGAUCAGAAUCAGUUUGUGGUUCCAUAUUUUCAUAUUUUCAUAUUUUCAUAUUUUCAUAAACAGCAGAGCAAACAGAGUUUCUGUUCUCUGCAGAAUCAGCCUUUUGUUUGGACUCUCUGUAGGUGUGUGAGUGUGUGUGUGUGUGUGUGUUUGCGUGUGUUUGCGUGUGUGUGUGUGUGUGUGUGUGUGUGUGUGUGUGUGUGUGUGUGUGUGUGUGUGUGUGUGUGUGUGUGUGUGUUAUUUGCAUGCAUCCCUCCAUCACGCUCUCUUGAAGGUUGGAUGUGAGUUUUGACACGUUUCAGAGCCUCCAGUAAAAACAGGACUCAGCACAAAGCCGCUCUGUCUCCGAUCUCGUCUGUCUGAGACACUGAGACACUGAGACUGAUGAGCAGAUGUGUCUUUGAGGGGACGAUGUUUGAAAAGGGUUAAUCCGCUGUUUAUUUUCCUCCCACUGACCCAGAGAGACGUUGACUUUCCCCGUCAUUAAAGCGUCGGCGUGUCAGGGAGAGAAAACUGUGGAUGAGAGGAACAUGCAGAGACACGAGACACCAACAACAACCUCAGUCAGUUAUCUGGAGACAGACACUAAUGAGAAACUCAGAGAGGAUCCUGGAACCUGGUCCUGCAGUACCUGAACUGACAGACAGGUCUAACACGGGUCUGAAGAUCUGAUCCAGGUCUGAGAAGGACUCACACAGACAAUCCAGGGACCCCGACAAAGACCCAAGGACAGGUCUCUGUGGAAACUUUAGAGAACUUUAUGGGGACCUGGAGAAAACCUGAAGGUACAUAAAAACAGAGUUCCUCAUAUUCGACACGAAAGUCCACGACCCGGAGCUUCUGGUGUGUUGUUGUAGUUCCUGUUUUUUCUGGUCUCUGAAACCAGGACUGAGCCUGAACGUCUCUGAGCUCCGACUCCUUCAGGGUCUAUAAAUAAACUGCAGAUUGGUCUGAGCAGUCAGAGCUGAUCUGAGAUCUGACGGCCGGCCUGAAGACGUGUUUCUUAAAUCACAGUAAUUGUGUUUUUUCUCUCUCAGAUCUGUCUGCAGGGAGGAACGGCGGCUGAUAAGCUCUAUGGAGAAACGAUGUGAUUUGUUGAUUUUAUGAGUGUUUUCCCGCCGCGUCGCUCGCUCGCUCCUUGGCAGCCGACAGCUUGAUCUGAUUUAUCAUUUUCAGCAGCGAGGCGCGCUCUGGAAGUGAGACCAGCGUGAAUUUAUGCCUUUAGGCAGCCAGACGUUCAGCGUCUGAGUGAGUCUGAGCAUGCUGUCAGAGACCAUGCUCACACACACACACACACACACACACACACACACACACACACACACACACACACACUCACACACACACACACACACACACACACACACACACACUCAUGACGUCCAUAAAACCUCCUUAUCUUUCGUCUCUUCAGGAGUUUUUCAAACUUCUGUCAUGAACGGGUUCAACCGCAGAGUAACAGUUACACUCCAGUCCAGCAGGUGGCAGUACCACCACUCACCCCCAAAUUUCCAUCAUGUCUGGAACAGCUUCAAGUUUUUGCCGUCCAACAGUUCCUACCAGAUCCGUUUGUGAGGCGAAUUUUCGCAGAGGAUUACAGACAGCAGGAAACAUGAGAACUCACAAAAAGCUGCAGAUUCACGUUCAAUCACACGAUAACAAGUCGUCUCUCUAAAGACAGACACAUAGACAUAUAAGCAGUAGAUUGUGUCCUUCCAGUGGUGGAAAUCUACUUCUAGACUUCUAGAAUCAGCAUCUCCUCAUCCAUGGUGUCAUCGGGGUGAAAUGACGUCUAAAAACCUUUCACUUGUUCGUCUCCGCCCGUAAUGUGAAAUAAGAUCCGCCGGAUGUUUUAUUUUGUGUCUGUGCCCGACUUCCUUUCCAGCACGGGUUCAUCUGUGCUGAAUUUAUCCGCCAUGCUCCGGCGUCCAGAAAAAAUAGAACUCUUGUGAUCAGCUGAGGAGUCCGGCGAUCCGCAGAGGAACGGAAAGAAGUCGGUGUAAAUUGACACGUUAACUUGAAUGGUUACGAUCAGCUACGAUCGGAGGAUACGACCUUUUAGGAGACGAUCAGCUUCUGACAAACACGUGAAACUGUGUGAGAGAGCUGCUGUUAAUCAGCUGUUUAAUGAGUGUGAUCGCCACUUCAUUCAGUCAACAGCUGUGAACUACAGUCACCUGAUCACCGUCUCAUUAGCAGGCUAAACACCAGAGCGAAGUGUGUGUGUGUGGGUCAGAGGAGUGUGUAUCUGUGUGUGUGUGUGUGUGUGUGUGUGUGUAUGUGUGUGUGUAUGUGUGUGUGUCCUUGUUCAUUAACACACUGUUGUGUCCUGCAGCUGUAAGAUCAGCCUACACUUCCAGUGAACUGAUCCCAAGUUCAACCGGUCCACCCACUGUGCAUGUGUGCAUGUGUGUGUGCAUGUGUGUGUGUGUGCAGAUUCACACACACGUCCUGGUGAAUGCAGCGUUCAGCCCACACCUCCCACAGGCUGUAAAAAUCUCUCUAUUGUUCGUUCGUCUCUCUGGUGCUCAGAUCAGCAGGUCUGAAGGACUGGAUCUGCAGACUCAUGGGGGUACUGUACAUUUCUGCAGGUGACCUUUGACCUCCUGUCACCAGUGAUUAAUCGCUCACUCCACUUUGUCGGCACACUGGCUGUUACAAGUUACCGUGACUCUUCGAUGAUCCACAGGGAAACUGUCUUCCCUCUCGCCCCCUGUUGGUCUGGAGGAACAUCAAGAAGUUUAGAUCAAGUUCAAAAUCUGACAGUUAACGAUCAUUCUGAGCUGAUCCACAGUUCAGGGUCUCCUUGGUCCUGGUUUUGGGGUCCUGACUCUCCAAAUAUUUUCAAAGGAGGACAAGUCUGGACCACAUUAGUCCAGUUUCUCAGCAGCAGGACUCUUCUCCUACAGAGCCAUGCAGCUGUAAUCCCUGUUGUCAGAAUGUGGUUUGUCGUUGUCUGGAUGGAAGCAGAUGUUGUUCCUGAACUUGGAGAUGUUGUUCCUCUGUAAGACCUUUUUACACGUUUAAGUUAUUGAACAAGUUCAAUAAAGUUUGACUGAUCUGACUGUUUUGUUCGGCUUCAUGCGCUUUAUAAUCCGGUAUAAUAAUAAUAGACGGGAAUAGACGCGUUCGUUGAUGGUGCGCCUUAUAGUACGAAAGUACCCGAAGUAUUUACAGAAAAAAACAUUUGUUGCCUCGGCUGAUUUUUUUAUGCUCACAUGACCCUAAAUACAUUUUACAAUUCACACUCAUCUAUUUUUAGUCACAAACGCGAGUCAAACGGUCGCACUGUCGAGCCCCGUCUAUACUGAAAAUGAUUCCCAGAGUUCAGUGUUCUGUUUUUACUGAAUCUUCCACAGCGUCUGAACUAACCUGGUAUAGGAUCGAUGGACAGAUGACGUUCUGGUGGUUCUGGUGUUUAUCAGGUUUUGAAAUGAGAAUUAUCGUUCCUGUUUUUGAGCUUUGAUGAAGUUUGGAUGUUAAAACAUGAUUUCAGCAGGUGAAGGUGGGUCACACUGUUAUUUUACAAAGAACCAUCAGUGGUUUCAGAUUUUAUUUCUUUAAUCUGAUCAUUUAUUUCUACCAGAGAAAAUCAUUUAUAAUCGUUUCAGAGGAAAACGCUUCAGGCUGUCGACUCCUGAAAAACCUUCCUAACCUCAGCAAGUUCAGACACCGGGAACUCAGCCAGUCCUCCCUCUCUCUCUCUCUCUCUCUCUCUCUCUCUCUCUCUCUCUCUCUCUUUUCUCUGUCUCUCUGUCUCUCUCUCUCUCUCUCUCUCUCUCUCUCUCUCUCUCUCUCUCUCUCUCUCUCUCUGUGCUCGCUCGGCCGGCUCUCAGCUCGGCUCACACAGGAAUGUCAUUAAGGCGUUUUAAUGUUCCUCACUGUUCGGCCUUUACCAUUAUGGAAUGUAAAACAACAAAGAGAGCUUUGACAGAGAAACUCGGGCUCGGCUUUCUGCUGCCGCCAACAAACAGGAAAAAAGAGGAGCUGGAAUCACAACGGAGCAAAAAGGGAGGAUGAAGGAAAAAGUGAAGAAAGAGGAAGGAUAGAAUAAAAGGGGGAAACAAGAAGCUUAAAAAAGGAAGGAGGAAAAGACUGAAAAUUAAAGGACAGAAAAUUUCCUCAAGUAAAAGAAAAGAAACAAAAAAAGGAGUGAAGAGAAAAAAGAGAAAAGGAAUCAAUAACUCAGAAUAUCUCUGGAAUGAGACGAUGAGACACAGAAAGACAAAUACAGGAGGUAACGAGGGUGAGGAGACAAACUCAGGCCGCAGGUGUGACAAGAACCAGACAGGAACAAGAGUUAGAGAACUACAAAAUAAAAGAGGAAGGACAUGAAACAUGAACGUGUCAAAAUAAAGGAAACUUAGCAGACAUGAUGGAGUGAUGAAAGUGAGGGAAGGAAAAGAGAGAGAGAGACAAAGAUAAGGAGGAGAAGAAGAAAGACAAAAAUGUAACAUGAAGAUAAAAAAGAUGGAGGGAUGUAAAAAGAAGGAUAAUUAAAAACAGACUGAAGGAGAAACAGACGACAAAACAGGUGAAUGAAGAAAGAGAGAAAGAAGGAGAAGAAAAGACAAACAGGACGGUUAAAAACAGGGAGAGAGAGAAAAGACUGAUGUGAUCCCCCCCUCACUGAAGGUCACAGGUGGGUCCAGCUGAGGGGUUCCUGAGGGGCGGAGCUAAAGCCGCCGUUUGGCAGACUGACUCUGACUUCAUUAACUGAUCUUAAUGUUUCGGUCCAGAGCUCGUUUACUUCCUGUUCUCGUUUGUUCCCGCCGUUGGCCCGAGGGGACUCAGCCAAAUAAACACUCUGCGUCGCUCUGCUGGCAGGAAUCAGCUGCUCCGAAAACUUGGCGUCCGCUCCGGGUCUCAGAUGACAGAGACUGGCAGACUCUUAAUGGAGUCCGUGUUGCUGGUCUGGACUCGGCGCUGGCUGCUGAGCGUCAGAUCCACGCUGGAGACAGACGGUGUUUACUGUCGGAGCUGGAGCUUCAGAAACAGAUGAAUGUGAACAUCUGGACAAACACCUGCUGGAGCUCCACCCACCAACAGACUCUGCAGCCACUCAAAGCUGGAUCCGGUUUUUUACUCCACAGGGACCCAGUCUGACCCUCCAGAGGGUCUGUGUGUAAAAAGGUUCUGGACUUGUGUCUCUGAAGAACCUUCACCGCACAUCAACAAAGUUCUGCUUUGGUUCCUGACUGGCUGAGGUCCAAGUCAUUGUUUCAAAGGGGUCCGGGACCCUCAUAGAGAUCCACAGGAACCUGGUCCAGGGACAAAACCAGAACUUUAAAAGGUCCAUUUUCUGACCAGGGACAGUCCAACACAAACCGUGUUUGUGAGCAGAUACCACACACACACACACACACACACACACACACACACACACACACACAGCAGUCAGUGGGGCUAAUCCUCUCUAAACAGCGCGGUGGGACAGUUUUCAGUCUUCAGGGCCGAGGACACAGAAGCAGCUGGAGGGUGUGAUGUGACGCAAGGCGGAGGAAAUCCAGGGACUUAGUGUGGAUCAGUGAGGACCACAGAGUCCACAGCAGAGAAACAUGGAGGAGGGUCCUCUUUAGACCUCAAAGAGAUCCAGCAUGGUCUGGAUCCAGAAGCGUCCCCCAUGGUUUAUGUUGACCCGGCUUUUUAGCUCUUGUCCGGUCUACCUCCGUUUUAAGCGCCCGUUAUUCCUCCAGAGUCUCCGGUAUUUACUUUGUUUUCUUGCUUGUGUCGGCAGUCGUGGCCAAAGGAGGAUUCAGACAAUUUUCCGAACUUUCUGGUUGGUUUCUACUGUCCGAUAUUGUAGCACGCUAACUUUGUUUGGGCUCCUGAACGACACGGGGGAGCAGCGUCUGCCUCACAACCAAUCAGGUUAGAGGAGGUGGAGAACGGCUUUGUUUACAGUCAGAAAGAGCGGACCGCUCAAAAAUGUUCAAAUGUUGACGACACAGACAGAAGAGAACACAGAGAUAUCGAUAUAUUACCAAAUAAUCAAUAACUAAUAACUAUUGACUGAUAUUAGAAGAUUUUUUGUAAAUAAACAAAAUAAAAAGAUUCUUUAACAGAUUCCUGACGACUCCACCUUUAACGUUUACUUCAUUAAAUGUCACUGGGACACAGUCUUGGACUGACAACGCGUUUCUGCAUAAGUCGAGGAGCUUACACACACACACACACACACACACACACACACACACACAGACACACACACACACACACACACACACACACACACACACACACACAGACACACACACACACACUCAGUGGUUAACAGUCACGAUGAUGACAGACGACAGGAACCUUUGAAAUCUGAAAAAGGAGGAGGGGGGCGAUAAUUGCUGAGCCCUCUUUGUCUCUCAACACUUCUCCUCCUACUCCUGUUUAGUCCAUCAACACACACUCACACACACACACACACACACACACACACACACACACACACACACACACACACACACACACACACACACACACAUUUUGAGUGGUCCUCAUGUCCUCUUUGUAAUUAGUCUUUGCAGAAAAAUCAUGUUUUCAUGUCGAGAAUAAAAACAACCGUCCACACGGUCAUAAAAAUAUUAAACAUUAAUAAUAAUGAACUUUUUUAUCACUAAGUACUCUGUGUUCAAAAACACACUCUAAAAAAAAGAACAUGUCAAAUAUCUGAUCAGAGAGCUUCAGUUUAACAGGCUUUUAUUUUGAAACUCUAAACAGUUUACUGAGGAGAUGCUGACAGGAGUAAACUGGUCAAAGCCGGAUUACUGACGGACUCUGUGCCGGACUGUCAGACUCUCAGACGGAGCUGAGUCGGGAUAAACGUCCAAAAUCCUCAGCUCAGAAAAAAAGACCGAGACCAGGACUGUUCUGUCCACGGGUCUUUGACUGAAAUACUUGUGGGGUAAACACAGCUGUUCAGUCCACGAUGUGGAUCCAUCUGAUCCUCCUGUGAACCAAAGACAUCCAGCUGGCAGAGACGUGUCCGUCUGAGAUAUCCUCCACUUUAACAUCCACUCAUGUCCAGAUUUACGGACCAUGAGGACGUCUUUAUGACCUGGGACACAGAGACAAGCUGAAAUAUCUGAACCCUCACCUUAGACAUGUUCAGGAGGGUCAUCUAUCACCGGGUCUUUACAGAGUCCGUCUGUCUGCUCAUAGUUAACCCGUCUGCACACCUGUCCCCCUUCUGUCCGAUCUCCUCAUGUCUCUCAGCGCACCUUCACCUGUCUGUGUCUGUCUGUGUCUGUCCAUCUGUCUGUGUCUGUCUGUGUCUGUCCAUCUGUCUGUGUCUGUCCAUCUGUCUGUGUCUGUCCAUCCGUCUGUCCGUCUGCCUCUGGAACCAGGACUCAGUUUUAAAGCUGGUCUCUCUCCUCUGGGUUUCACUCUGAUGCUGAAAGUCGUAGUUUAGGUUUUAAAUACUAGAAUCAUCUUUCAUGUCCACAGUGUCUCUCUAGUAUAGAUGUCUCUAUAGUUCAUGUCCACAGUGUCUCUCUAGUAUAGAUGUCUCUAUAGUUCAUGUCCACAGUGUCUCUCUAGUAUAGAUGUCUCUAUAGUUCAUAUCCACAGUGUCUCUCUAGUAUAGAUGUCUCUAUAGUUUCGUAUCCACAGUGUUCUUCUGGUAUAGAUGUCUCUGUAGAUCAUACCCUCAGUGUCUCUCUAGUAUAGAUGUCUCUCUAGUUUCAUAUCCAGAGUGUCUCUCUAGUAUAGAUGUCUCUCUAGUUUCAUAUCCACAGUGUCUCUCUAGUAUAGAUGUCUCUCUAGUUUCAUAUCCACAGUGUCUCUCUAGUAUAGAUGUCUCUCUAGUUUCAUAUCCUCAGUGUCUCUCUAGUAUAGAUGUCUCUCUAGUUUCAUAUCCACAGUGUCUCUCUGGUAUAGAUCUCUCUAUAGUUCAUAUCCAGAGUGUCUCUCUAGUAUAGAUGUCUCUAUAGUUCAUAUCCACAGUGUCUCUCUAGUAUAGAUGUCUCUAUAGUUCAUGUCCACAGUGUCUCUCUAGUAUAGAUGUCUCUAUAGUUCAUAUCCACAGUGUCUCUCUAGUAUAGAUGUCUCUAUAGUUUCGUAUCCACAGUGUUCUUCUGGUAUAGAUGUCUCUGUAGAUCAUACCCUCAGUGUCUCUCUAGUAUAGAUGUCUCUCUAGUUUCAUAUCCAGAGUGUCUCUCUAGUAUAGAUGUCUCUCUAGUUUCAUAUCCACAGUGUCUCUCUAGUAUAGAUGUCUCUCUAGUUUCAUAUCCACAGUGUCUCUCUAGUAUAGAUGUCUCUCUAGUUUCAUAUCCACAGUGUCUCUCUAGUAUAGAUGUCUCUCUAGUUUCAUAUCCACAGUGUCUCUCUGGUAUAGAUGUCUCUAUAGUUCAUAUCAACAGUGUUCUUCUGGUAUAGAUGUCUCUGUAGAUCAUAAAUGCAGAAAAUAAAAACCAUCACAGUCCAAGUCUUCGAUGACCUGCAGACCUGGUUUUGAUGGACAUCUCUCUGCCCUGAAAUCACCGACACUAACGAACAAAGUCCAUCAUAGAUCUCAGUGAUGGACUCAGGGGUCCAGGGGUCCAGGUCUCUGCGGCUCAGACGGGGAUGAUCCAGCAGGUCUAAACCAACACUGAGGUGUUUGUGUCUGUGGGUCUGAACCUGAGCUCCUCACUGACGGAUGUUUUUGUUGGAAUGUGGACACGGCCGGGAUUACCCGGGUAAUCCUGGACCAGAACCACGCUAAUCCCCAACCUCACACCUCUGGACAUGACUGUGUGUGUGUGUGUGUGUGUGUGUGUGAAGGGUCUGAACUCUGCCUCAUGUGGUCCAGGUUCAGCCCACCUGGAGUUCCUGAUGUUCUCGAUGACUGUAGAUUAUCUCAGAGCGUCCUCACUGAUCCCAGCUCUGCUCCUUUUUGUCCCUCUCAAUCUGCCGUACAGUGUCUGGAGUUCGGCGAGGGCUCGGUGACCGGGGACAUGUGCGAGGAUCUGUGUGUGCUCGGUCUGGUCGAGUACAAACGCUGCCUCUACUACGAGAACGGCAAGAAGGUGAUCGAGGCGCGAUGGCGAGGAAACCCGGUCAUCCUCAAGUCCAAACUGGAGAACUUCUCCUCCUACGAGCCUCUGGGGAUUCUGGAGUACCAGGUGACGUCUGUGUCUCAUCUCUGGUUCUCUCUGUCAGUCAAGAACCUUUCAAAGUGGGUUUCCUGUUUCUAUGGAGCUCCACUCGUCUGUUAUUGACCUCCUCUUCUUCUCUCAUGAUUUAACCUUCUCUGUUUUUGUUCUCAGGACACAGCGGAGGACCUCUCUCCUUUGGACGUGGUUUUUUAUGCAACUAUGGAAGUGAGUCAGAUCGGACGUGAGGUCUCGACAACACGUCUUCUUCAUCAGCGUCUGCAGACAGAAAGAAAACUAACUUUUCCCUCUCUCCUGAUCUCAGGUGAGGAACUCUCUGGGGCUGGCUGAGGAAGACGAUGAUGAGGAAGGAGGCGGAGGAGGAGGGAGUAACAGCUCUCUGGCCAGACUGUGGGGGAAGAAGCUGAAAAACCGAGAUAAGAGUUACUCCAGAGCGGAGCUGGCCUCGCUCUGGUCUCUGCUGCAGCAGGAGGAGUACACCUUCCUCAGGUAAACACGGGUCCACCAAACAUCCUGAGACUCUGGAUCUGGACUUUAAUCCAGCCGGAUCCAUCCAUCUCUGUUUUCAUUCACAACUUGUCUUCUAGUGAUUUGACCUUCAGUUUUUACCCAAAGUAAAAGUCAGAGACUUUAAAUCCGCCUACCAGCCUCUUCCUGCAGUUUCUGCCAAAUCAGAGUCUGAGUCCUUGAAAGAGAGAGAAAGGUUCUGGGCAGAGCUGGAGGACCAACAGAGACGGACAGACGGGACAAAGACGCUCCGACAUCCUAACAGGCUGGACGCCAAAACUCCACAAGUCCGAAAAUAAAACCGACAAGUGAGGCGAGCCGCUAAUCUGCAGACCGAGCUGCAGAGACGAAGACAGGAGGACCUGAGGGACUUCAGAGACUGUAGACCUGAACCGCAGAAGUGAGGAGGUAUCCUUAACGACAAAUACGACAAAUAAACAUGUGAAGAGAAGAGGAGCUGGAGAGGAGGAGAGGAGAGCAUCAGCAAAGACACCGGUAAAACCAGGAACGGCACAGAGAGGAGGAGCUGGAGAGGAGGAGAGGAGAGCAUCAGCAAAGACACCGGAAAAACCAGGAACGGCACAGAGGGGAGGAGCUGGAGCGGAGGAGGGGAGAGCAUCAGCAAAGAGACCGGUAAAACCAGGAACGGCACGGAGAGGAGGAGCUGGAGCGGAGGAGGGGAGAGCAUCAGCAAAGACACCAGUAAAAACCAGGAACGGCACAGAGAGGAGGAGCUGGAGUCGGAGGAGAGGAGAGCAUCAGCAAAGACACCGGUAAAACCAGGAACGGUACAGAGAGGAGGAGCUGGAGCGGAGGAGGGGAGAGCAUCAGCAAAGACACCGGUAAAACCAGGAACGGCACUGGGAGGAGGAGCUGGAGCGGAGGAGAGGAGAGCAUCAGCAAAGACACCGGUAAAACCAGGAACGGCACAGAGAGGAGGAGCUGGAGCGGAGGAGGGGAGAGCAUCAGCAAAGACACUGGUAAAACCAGGAACGGCACAGAGAGGAGGAGCUGGAGCGGAGGAGGGGAGGGGAGAGCAUAAGCAAAGACACCGGUAAAUCCAGGAACGGCACAGAAAGGAGGAGCUGGAGCGGAGGAGGGGAGAGCAUAAGCAAAGACACCGGUAAAACCAGGAACGGUACAGAGAGGAGGAGCUGGAGCGGAGGAGGGGAGGGGAGAGCAUAAGCAAAGACACCGGUAAAACCAGGAACGGCACAGAGAGGAGGAGCUGGAGUCGGAGGAGAGGAGAGCAUCAGCAAAGACACCGGUAAAACCAGGAACGGCACAGAGAGGAGGAGCUGGAGCGGAGGAGGGGAGAGCAUCAGCAAAGACACCGGUAAAACCAGGAACGGCACAGAGAGGAGGAGCUGGAGUGGAGGAGGGGAGAGCAUCAGCAAAGACGCCGGUAAAACCAGGAACGGCACAGAGGGGAGGAGCUGGAGCGGAGGAGGGGAGGGGAGAGCAUCAGCAAAGACACCGGUAAAACCAGGAACGGCACAGAGAGAAGGAGCUGGAGUGGAGGAGGGGAGAGCAUCAGCAAAGACGCCGGUAAAACCAGGAACGGCACAGAGGGGAGGAGCUGGAGCGGAGGAGGGGAGGGGAGAGCAUCAGCAAAGACACCGGUAAAACCAGGAACGGCACAGAGAGGAGGAGCUGGAGUGGAGGAGGGGAGAGCAUCAGCAAAGACACUGGUAAAACCAGGAACGGCACAGAGAGGAGGAGCUGGAGUGGAGGCGGAUUGUAAAACUGUUUGUAGAUGAAGUAGGAGGAGCAGGAAGGCUGACGACGUUCUAAUGAAACUUCCUUCUUCACAUUUAUAAUGGAGGUGAUCAGCUGAUAUUGACCGGUGUUCAGAUCAGCUGAUGUCAUGAUCGUUUCUCCUGGUUUUGUUAUUGAGAACAUUGUGAGUUUUUCCUCGUGUUCCUGUUUUGUGUUCAGUCUUUGAGGUCCAGACUGUGACCCUCCAUCUUCCUCUUCUGUCCUCAGAGUCCUGCAGGACCUCAGCACCCAUGUGGCCAAAGUGCUGGGCUCCUGCGGUCACUUCUACGCUGUGGAGUACCUUUCAGCUGGACACGCCUGGGACCAGAACAUCUUCUCCCUGGAGGACGUGGCUGUUUCCGGGCUGCCGGGUCCGGGCCGAACCGGAGCUGGGGCCGGGGCCAGGGGGAGGUGGACCACCAGGGAGAUGGUUCACCGCAUCGCGCUGAGUUUCCUGGACAUGGUCUGGCACUUUGACAACGACUUCUCCCACAAACUGCACCUGUGCGACAUCAAGCCGGAGAACUUCGCCAUCAGGAAGGACCUGACGGUGAGUUUUCAUCACGGUCAGGGUGAUUGGAAAUGACCUUCUGUCCUCCAGAAGGACCACAGAGCCGCUCUGAAAGGGUUCGGUGUUUUCAGAGGAUGUGAUGGAUGUAAACAGAUUAGAGGCCGAGCAGAUACAAAGGUAAAAGGGUUUUUUAAAGCCAUUAGACGGAGGAGAGAUCGGAGAGCAGACAGACGACUACGUGAGGCUUUUCCUGAGGAGAGAUUAUUCAGGCUGAAGCAGAAGAAGUGACCCCGCCUGCAGGAAAGACAAGGUCACACACACAAACACAGAAACACACACAAACACACACACAAACACACACAGAAACACAGAAACACACACAGAAACACACACAAACACACAGAAACACAGAAACACACACAAACACACACAAACACACACAGAAACACACACAAACACACACACAAACACACACAAACACACACACAAACACAGAAACACACACAGAGACACACACACAAACACACACAUUUAUCAAACUUCACCGUUACAGUCAGAAAAAAUGACCUUUUUUCCUCUAAAACAAACUAAAGCUGAGAGACAGAGUCAGAGUUAGAGUCAGUUUUCUGAUCCAGACCACAGUCAUGUAAAAGCAUGUUAGAUCUGAGCGCUGCACCACCAACAAUCACAGCUGGAUCAGGAUGACGGGCCAACAGGCUGAAAAACAGCCAGAUAGAGUUUGUGGUUCCAACAAACGUCAGUGAAAACAGAACUCUUACUGUUCCCUCCGGUGUUAACAGGUUCGAGCCUCCAUUAAAGUCCUGACGCAGAGCAGCUUGAGGCCCUCGCUGUUGUGGUGCCAGGAGUGUAAACACUUUUAUUUGAAGAGAGAAAUCUCAUAAAAACUGAAAGGUUUUCAGCGUCAGAACACAAACGCUGUCUUUGAGGAAAGAUUCGACUGUGUCUGCGGUCUGAAAACAGAUGAAUCCAGGAGGAGUCUGUCCUCGGACCUUCAGCUCUGCAGUCAAUCAGCUGUGACUCAGUUUCCUUUUCAGUUUCACUUCAGAGUUUUUUUCUGCAGGUCGUGGCGAUCGACGUGGACAUGGCGUUCUUCGAGCCGAAGAUGAGGGACAUCCUAGACCAGAACUGCAGCAGCGACGAAGACUGUAACUUCUUUGACUGUUCGUCCAGGUGUAACCUGAACAAACGCAGGUGCAGCCCCCGCCGCCGCAACAGUAACCUGCAGGUGAGCCAGAGCCGGGCCGCUGAUACCCGAGAGCACGGUGAUGAUUCAUGUGAAACUAAAGCAGGAAACUUCAGUCCAGAAAAAACACCGUCCACCCUCAGACAUCCCAGAAUUCAAGAUUAUUGUCGAAUUAUUAUUUUCUGUUCAGUGCAAAAAAAAAUUAACUGUAAAUCUUAAAUUACUAAAUACAAACAGCACAUUCGUAGUAAAACAUCUUUCUUUACACUUAAUAUUAAUUAAUGCCUUCACAGAAGUUUAGAUGAAUUAAAUUAAUCUGCUGGAAUCAUUUUUAAGAUAAUUUCUAAUUUUCCUUCAACAUCUAAGAGACGUUUUACAUCAACUGUGAAAAACUUACAUUAAGUGACACAAAAAAAGUGUCAACUCCCUUUAACACAUUUAAAAUUAUCAAUCAGUUUAUCAGUCAGACCGUAUCUCUGUGGGACUUUUCAUUCACACAUCGAAAUAUAUUAAAAACAGACAAAAUCCUGAAAUAUUCAGAAUUUUUUUGUUUUUUCAUUUUGUUAUUUAAUAUAAUAACAAAAACAAAAUUUUAAACAACAGAUCGAAAAAUAAUGAAAUAUUUAGAAAAUGAAGAAAUUAAAACAGAAGAAAGACUCAAAAAAACUGGAAGUGAGGACACGCUGUCAUGAGUUUAAAGAGAGGGACACUGGAGGUCAGACAAAGAUCUGAAAACUCAAGACAGGAGAUCAAUUAAACAAUAUCAAUUAACUUUAAAAAUGAAGGAAUAAGUAAAAUAAUAAUUUUAUUUUAAAACUAAUAGAUGAAUAAAUAAAAAGGAUAAAAAAGACUAAGAUUUUACAAUUCAGCCGAUGAAUAAAUAAAAUAAAACACAAAGUUGAUCAGAGAUUAUAAAUAAAUUAAAGUUUAAUAAAUAGUUCAAUAAGAUAGACGAGGAUUUAAAGUAAAGAAAAAUAAAUAAAUAAAAUACAUGAACUCGGAGAUGGAGUUAUCUGAAUCAUGAAACGUUUAUCAAAUUUAAAUGAGUUUUAUUCAUUUAAAUUUGUUUCCUUUAAAUCCGUCUUUAUUUUGCUCUCUACCACAGAAGGGUAAACAGUUUUUUCUUUAAACUUUUGUUUAAACAGUUUGAGGAUGUGGUGUGUUGGACUCUCUUUAUUUUAAACUGUUUAUUUUCACUAUCAAAAGUUUUUUUUUUUUAAUGACUUUACAACGAAAAAUUUCAUCUUCUGAUCGUUUUUACUUUAAUUUUUUAAACUGAAAUAUUCAGAUGUUUUUAUCAUAAAUCUUUAGUUACUCGUUUAACACGGAGAGUUAAAACAUGAACUCUUGGCUUAGUUUUAUAUUCUGUUUCUUUCCGAUCAGUGCUCACCUUUAUGUCUUUAUUUCUUAUUUUCAGUUAUUUUUAUGAAACAAUGAUUUUUGUUGUUUGCAAUACCUUUCUUUUACAUGAUGUAUUUUUAUUAUUAUUACAGUUUUAGUGUGUUUAAACUGACAUUAGUAAUUCAAGUUUUUAUUGAAGGUGUGAAAAGAAACUGGAUUAUUGUGAAAUGUUUAAAGUUUAUCAGUUCGUCAACUUAAAUCAUAAUAUUCAGUUUUUCACAAAAAGAAAAUAUCUGCAGGAAUCUCAAAUUAUUUUGUUUUAAGAAAAAGGAAUAAAUUAAAACUAUUAAUACCAAUUCUAUUACUAUCAAUUUGUGAUAUAAUUCUUUAUUGUAAAACUGUAUAAUUAAAGUUAUAUAACAAAUAUAACAAAAGUUUAUCAGAAGAAAACACAGCUACUCUAUAUGAUAAUAAUAACAUUAAUUAUAAUAAUAAUGAUAAUAAUACUAAUUAAAAUAAUAACUAUAACAACAACAUUAAUAAUAAAACUAAUAAUAAUAAAAGUAAUUAUAAAAUAAUAAUAAUAAUAAUAAUAAUAAUAAUAAUAAUAAUAACUAUAACAACAACAACAUUUAUAAUCAAACUAAUAAUAAUAAUAAUAAUAAUAAUAAUAAUAAUAAUAAUAAUAAUAAUAAUAAUUAAAAAAAACUAAUAAUAAUAAUAAUAAUAAUAAUAAAAACAAAUAAUAAUAAUAAUAAUAAUUAUAAAAUUAAUGCAAACUAACGACACUUUGCAGCAUCGGCCUCGCAGACUCACACAAAAUGUCCGAGUUUGGGUCCCAAAGGCCAAGUCGAGUAUCACCGUCAUCGCCGUCAUCGCCGUGACAACAGCCGGACAGACUCUCAUCGCCCUUCUGGCUCCUGUAUCAUGUGUCACAUGAUACCUGCAUUCAUGGGAGGAGAGUAUGCAUUAAUAGGAGAUGGAGGGAAAAUGUUUUCCUGCAGGUGAUGACGGGAUGUGCACAAACAUCUGAUGAAGAAGAGAAGGAGGCGGCAGACGAUGAAAACAGAGAAGAGAAACGCAGAUCUGUUCCUGAUGAAAGAGACGAGUAAAAAUAAAACAAAGUUAUAAAAUACAAAAGAUUUGUUUGGAAAAGAGAGAAAUAAGAAAUUAAAAGAUCAUUUUAAAAUAGAAACAAACUGAAGAAGAAAGUUGGAGUGAUUCUUCUUGAAACAAAGAUGUAGAGGUAAAAAAACUCUGAGUUAGAAGAACAAAAACCAUCAAAACUAAAAACAACAUUAAAAGAUAAAAAGUGAUGAAAAGAGAGCAGAGAUAAUGGAGGGAGGAUCAGAUGAUGGACAACAGGAGAAGAAGAAAGGAAACAAGAGAGGGAAAAAGACGAGUGAAGAGCAGACCAAACACAGCGCAGAUAACACGGUGAUGACAUGCUGCUGUCCUAUUGGUCUAUACGGGACUCAUCAGGUGACCUCUGAUGACCCUCCACCUGUCAAUCAUGUCAAAAGAGAAAGGACCCAUUGUCUUAACGUCGAGUGUGAGAGUGUUUUCCUGUUUUAGGAGGUUCUGGGAACGUUCGUUCUCGUUCAUAUCUCUGUAGACUUCAUCCUCACUUUCAGAUAUUGAUCCCUGAUUGAUGAUUAAUCUGAGGCCGGUCUUUAACUCCUCCUUUAAACUCCUCCUUUAUGAUAUUUCUCUGCUCUAUGAUCGGCUCACAUGUUCCUCUUCUUUGCUCCAGGUGAUCUGUGAGAAGAUCUUCAGGCCCUGGUUUUCUCCCACUCUGCUGGGGGCUAAAGCUGGACUCCCUCUGCAGGUGGGGGUGUUUCAGCUCCACUGAUGGAGUUUAUUUUGUGUUUAUAUCUCCUGAAUCUAAAGGAACAAACUUCUGUUAGACAUAAGUUCAGCAGGAACAGGUGGAUCUCGUGAACUCGUCCUGUCUCGUGUUUUUCUGCACAGGUGGAGCUGCAGCGAGCGGUGCAGGAGUGUUCAGAAACUGAAGGAGGUGGAGAAGACAAAGAGGAUGAUGGAGGUGGGGGAGGGGAGGCGGAUAAAGGCGGAGGAAUCCAUCAGCGUCUCCUCAACAUCCUGACUCGCCUUCUUCAGGAAGGAGCAGCUUCAGGGGAGGGCGGAGAGUCCUGGCAGGGCAAAGGUCACGUCCACACCGCACUGAACUUCUGAAGGAGGGAGAGGUGGAGGUCAGAGACCUUCUGAGGAGCAAAAACACCUUCAGUGGAAGGAAGACGUGUCUUUGUGGUGUGAUGUCCUCCAGAAGUUCAAGAGACGGAGGUGAUGUUCUGCUGGAAUCCUCAUCCUGGGACUCUGGUGGACUUUGUCUGGAGGUAAAUCUUUGAGGUCCUGCAGGACGAUGGAAAUCAGAGUCUCCGUAAAAACAGACAAAAGACUCCUCUCUGAUCCAGGAACGAACACUUACGUCUGUCUCUGCUUGUUUGGGUCCUGAAAUAAAAGACAGAGAACUUUGAUGCUCCGUUUUUAUGGACAACUCUCCUCCUUAAAGGACUUAACUGGACCUUUGACACCUUCUGGAUAACUGGAACACAAACCUGACCUCCCAUGGUUUGUCUCUCUGAUUCUUGCUGUUUUCACAGGUUGGAUUCUCUGUGAACAUGUUACAGAUUUUUCUGGAUAUUGAAAAUAUUGUCUUAUUGCAGAAAAAGUCUUUAAAACUUCAUUGCACUGAAUCUGGGGACUGAGGACUGGUGUUCAGAGAGAGGCAGCUCAGCGAUGUCUUGGAGACCUUCUCAUUGGAGGAGUUUAUUUUGGAUCCAGUAAAGGCGGAUCCUCUUUUAUGAUUUCCUAAUUUUACAGAUUUUUUAGUCUCAAUGAGAUUUAAAAUCCUCAUUUCUUGACCCGGAUCAGAUGUAACCCUCUGUAGAUGCAGAGAAGAUAACUACCGCUAAUAAUCCCAGUCAACAGGUGAACAGAAGUUUACAGCCUCUUUUUUAGACAUUAACUGGAUUAAUUUGGUGUCAGAUUAACUUUGAAGUGAAUCCAGAUUUGAUCUUCCUCGAACUUUUCCUCUUCCACUGAUUAAAACAGUCAAAUAAAGACGUUUCAAUAAGGCCAGAGAAACAGUGAGGAGGUCAGAUACUGUGUUUCAAGACCAAAAAUACACCAGAAGUAACAUCCAGGUCUGAAAAAGCCGCUGCAGAAGUGUCUGUAAGAUGUACUUUUAAAAACGGCCAGAGGGGGCGACUCCACUGAAAAGUCCUCCUCAGACUUUUCUUCAACAUCAUGAUGUUGAUUCAGUCAAAUGUAGUUCUGCAUCGAGUCAAACCGACCAGAGAGCAGAGAAUCAGGGCGGGGCCGUCUGAGAUGAACAACAUGACAGAAAUCUGAACAGGAAGUUAGGCUGUGGUCGACCUGAAGUCCACCACAGAAGAUCAUGGUGGUAGAUCAUGAUCAGAAACAUCACAGAGGGAGGGAUGAUGAUGAUUAUUAUUAUUAUUAUUCAUUCAAAAAUAGCAGACGACCUCUAGUGGAGACUUAAGAAACUGCAGUUUUAGAACUUUUAAAGUACGUAAGCUUCAGAACUGUCCUGGUCUAACUCAUAAAUUAAAACCGGACCUCUUAAAGGAGGUCUGCGACAGAAUCAGACUGACACCAGAAACACGGUUCUCUGUCCCUGAACGGCUCCUUUGUACGCCGGAGUUUCUGUUGACUGUGAUCCACCGACUCAGCAUUUAUAAUGCACAGCAGCUAACUGGUCUGUAGCGGGCCAUGCUAAUGUAGAUAAACUGGUUCUGUUGGUUUCUGGUGUGUUGGUGAGCUGAAUAAUAAAAUCUUUAAUAAUGUGAA